UACAUUAGACAAGCAACAUGGAAGUCCUACCGUCUAUGGAACACAGCUGAGGGACAGUUUAUGUCGGGAAUGUGGAGAUGAAUUGGUGUCCGACAUUUCGAUUUAGAGAACAAGUGACCGAAAUCAAACGAUUAUGCCAUCCUACUUAUGGACAAUUCUCUAUAUAAUUAUCAUAAUAUGGCUGAUUACAAGUAUUCUGGCAUAUCUGAUCCAAUGGCUGCUACAACACUACGCUGGGGUCUCGGUCAAGAUUGGACGCACAGGGAUAUUCAGCUGCAGAAAAGUACAGAUCCUAGUCAAGAAGGGCCUUAAAUUGGAAAUAGAAAAGGCAUGGCUGUCAAGUUGCUUUGUAAACCAGGAACAGCGGAAGCCCCUCGUGAUCUGUAUCAGCGAUAUUCGAAUCCAAGCAGAUGUACGAAAGGAUGGCCAGUUUCCGACGGACAAUUCCGCCUUUUCUGGCUCCACUCAAGCCAAUCAACGACAUCCCAAGAAAGUAACCCUACCUAAAAUAGCCUACUACUUACAGUACAUAGGUCUGAGGGUGAACAACCUGACCCUGAUGUUGCUAAACACCAUGAUUCCCGACUGCCUGGUCCACGCCGAGGGCCAGAGCCUCUCUCUAGAUAUAUCCAUGGUCAACCAGUGUUAUGACUUGACCAUGGACGUUGUUGGGAUUAGCUGUCGUGCACUCCGAAGUGUUUCAGAGGAACAACAGCAGACAGAGCCGUGUCUUGCGGAGAUGUCUUUAAGUACAUUUGUACAUCUACAGGCUCACAAGGACAACAUCAAACAAUUCAAGAUGAUACGAGUUCUAAUGAGCAAGCCACAAGCUAAGAUGACAGAAGCUUUAUUCUCCAGCAUUCAGGCCAUGAGGACAACAUCAGCUUUACAGACAGAAAACAACCGUGAAAACACAGAUAACAUCACCAACACUCGUUCAACUUUCAAUUUUGAUUUAAUCCCACAGGAGAUUGGUCUAGAUGUCACGGAUUUGGAUGUGAAGAUUGUCAGACAAAACAUUCAGAGGACAUUAUCAGUCGGACUGAGAAACUUCCACAUGGAGUUUCAGAACAACACCAAUACCUCGGAAGAGGAGCAGAGUAUAUGUGGCCUAUUGGUGGAGGAUUUCCAUACCGAGUCUCCACAAGCUAGGUUUGCUGCUUUGUUGAAGUCUAAUAUCAAGGUGGAAUUAAAUAAGUACAAGGUUGUGUCGGACGUAGCUGUCCAGGGCGCUUUCUUCCACUACCAUCAUGAGGAGAUCCAGUACUGGUCGUCGAUAGUAACACGAGUAUCUGAUACUCUCCCUAGUACUGACACCCAAAUCCGACCGAGUAGAACGUCAUCCUCCUCACCUCUCAAAUCUAUGGCCAUUGACUACUGUCGGAGACGCAGGCUUUGCCUCUCUGUAUCUUUGACUGAAUUGUCAUCGUCUGUCUCCUCUGCAGCCUGUUCAGGGCUGCAUCUUGGUGUCCAGUCAGCCAAGGUGGAGUCUGUCAUUGAGCCAUCUGUAACAACGGAGUCCCCUGACCUGCAUUGGCUGGACAAUGUAUCCUGUAAGGUUGAGGUCCAGACGGUCAGUUGUCAACACAUGGACGCUCGAGUAACCAUGGACCGUCUCCAUAACAAAAUUCACUUCUGGGACCAUCCUUUAUAUAUUGGGACUUUCUAUCUCAAGGGUAACAAAAGGUGUGGAGAUCUGACAUUGGAUGCUGAUUUGUGCAAUACUCAUAUAGAGUGGUCUACCCUGACUGUGAACACUGUCUUACACUUCCUGGGAUCACUGUUAUGGAAACAGCAAUCCCGUGCUAGUCCUGUUACCAUGCCAGCUGAUCAAAGGGAGAGAACUUUAAAUAUACCACCGUCCAAUCUACAGCCACCUGAGAACCAAAUAUCUGUGAAGAUGUGUGUGUCUAAUGUGAAUGUGUUUUUAUGUAAUAACCACAAAGUGUGUCUGAUGUCAAGGAUAGAUGCAAUUGACAUUGAUCUCAACAACCAAACUAACUGUGUAACUCUGGAGGGCUGUAAGGUUAUAUAUGUCUCUCAAGUAGACAAGUCUAUGUCGCUAGUUCAGGCCAGCCAGCUACGCAAUCCAGCCAUCCAUGUUCAAGAGGUCAGGGUCACACACAAUCGGGAUCAGAGGGAAAUACAUGUGCGUAUUCUGAAGACUUUGUCAUGUGAGUGGAGGACCUGUCAUCACAUGUGUCUGAUACAGGGAUUGGAGGACGUCAAGGAAAUCAAAUCACGUUACCAAGCCUACCGUCCUGAUGUGGUAGAUAGGCAAAACGACAGUUACACCUCCCAACACAGCCUCAAGGUCAAUGUCAUACUGAAGGCCACUUCAUCCUUCACCCUCUGUCUCUCUGAGGAGCACAGAGUGACCAUUGUACCGGUGGGUUUCAUCAUGACCCAGUCGGAGGAGGACACGUUGAUGGAGGUGGAGCGGUUUACAGUCAACUGUGAUGAACAUCAGGUCAUUGUGUUAGAGGGUACAAUGAUGGGAACGCUAUCCAAGUACCACCUUCAUGAGGGCAGGCAGAAUGUAGGCAGCCUCAAAUGUCCCACAAACAGGGCAUGGCAUGUUUUGUUCAACAGCUUUGAUAUUGUGUUCCCCUACAAAUACAACUUUGCAAAAUGCUUUGAGGAGUUUGUGAAUUUGUGGAAAUGGUGGAAGUUGGUCCACAAGGUGAAGAAGAAGCCAUUCACUGAGGAGAGUUUACUACCUCCAGACCUACAGAUCAAAGUCAAGAGGUUCCAAGUACAGCUCAGUGAUGACCCAUUCGAGGUGAAGCUAGGCGACAAUUUUGAGCUGAUGAAAGAUGAAUGUUACGAAUACUUCAAGAGAAAGGCUGUCAUGGAACAGAAGGUCUAUAACCUGCGCCGUACCCACGGCUUCAUACCAGCGGACCGUGUACAGGAAUUAUUUGACUCCCUAGACAAGAAAAGCAGUGACAUCUACCUUCAGCGAUCUCGCCUGCUGUACAAGAAAACACCCAUGAGAACGAAGCUGUUCACCUGGCUGAUGGAGGAUGUUGAGAUACUGGCCUACGCUGACAAGUCGUUCCAUGGGAAGGAGAAUGUCGUCAAACAUAUGAGGGACAUUGACAAUCAGAGCCCCUACCCUGAAGAAGGCCAAGAGUUCAUGACCCUUUGGUGUCGCUAUGUGAACUUCAACCUCAGUCUGUGGAAGGUGAUGAUGCGUGACUACCCUCAUCCUAUGCUGGAGGUCAAGGACAUUGGGCUGUGGGGUCGACUAAUUGGGGCAGAGCAGGAUGGUAGUAGGAGAGCCAAAAGGAAGUGUGUGGUAGAGGUGGAGGACCCCUGGGGAAACAUGGAAGUAGAGAGGAACCUACCGACCCUCAAGUUCUACCACGACUUCAGCUGUGAUGUUAAGAGCUGGGUGAUGGCCUAUGGAGCCUGCUGGGAACCUGCUAUAGCACAGUAUAACCUUAGCCUUGAACUCAUCAACAAACCCUCGAUUGACCCCAGCCGACCCCUGCCAAUCUGGGACAAGAUCCGCCUCCUUCUGCAUGGCCGCUUUUUUAUGUCCGUGGAGCAAAUGAGCUGGCUCUACCAUGCCUCCUUUGACCCCUACAACACCACUGAGUUCAUGGACUGGUCCUGGUCCAAAGUCUGUAUCGAUUGGACCAAUGCCAAUUUUGUCCUGCUGGGAGACUUUGACAUUUCUUCAAGAACUACAUCCAAGUAUGAUGAUUGUAAAUUACUGAAUCUUCCCAACCUCAAACUUUGUUACAAGCUGGAGUGGCUAUGCCAUGGAGAUCCCAAUGACCACCAUGCUGUGAUGCCCUGUGCCCCGGACAAAGUACCGGACUUCUCACAUGAAGAGCAUGACUCUUUCCGAGCAUUCCGAUCCAAGAAUCUGAACCUGUCUCUAUCCCUGGACACAAAACCCCUGAGGGAGAACACCCUCAAUGUUCCCAGUUGUCUAUUCUAUGCCAGCACCCUCAGAUUUCUGGACAAAAUCAAGAUGUGUUUUGCGAGCGUCACUCGCCCCAUCCGUCGAGGGUCCUACUUCGAUACUAUACGGCCUCGCAAACCACAGCUGACCCGGCACUACAAAACAAUCAAGAUGUCUGUGAACCUACACAGGUUCAACAUCUGUUACUGGAUGUCGUUCAGUAAACAGCUAGGAUCAGAGCUCCUGGCCGAAUCCUUUGUGCUGUCAGUCUGUAAUGAUCUGACCUUCACCCCGGUAGAGGACGGGCUGUUCCACCGACCUUGCGCAACGUGGAGUGUACGAUAUCUUCAUUGCCAGCUGACUGGUGCUAAGACCUGGCUGUGCAGUGCCAGGAGGGAGACGGAGGACCAGGAAAAAAUCUAUGUGUUCCAGCGCAAGGUUUUGAAUGUGUCCCUCCGUAAUCCAGUUGAUAAGAACUUCUUCCUGAGUGUUGGCAGAGUUUCCUACCAAAGGGGAGACAACACCAGUACAUCAUAUGAGGAGGAGGAAGAGGAGGAGGAUGACACCGAGAAACAAUUUGAUAAGUCGACCCACAAUGUACAAGUGCAUGACCUAAAGGGGGCGUGGACCAAACACAACCGCACUGUCUUACUGGGCGUACUCGACAGCUACACCAAGGCUCAGUCACUCAAGCGAAACCUCUCUGCUGAUGCACUCAAAAAGUUCAAGGUUGACGGAGGUCAAGGUUCAAAUAAAACGAGGUCCAUGUCCCUUACAGCAGGUGCCCCAGGAUCCCCUACUACUCCCAACCCCAGCCCAGGGAUGAAGCUCACCGGCGGACACACCCACUCACUUCUGAUGAAGCUGGUGUCAGAGUCCGAUAGCAAAUCUGUUGCAUUUACAGAGGAGCCGUCCAGUGUGAACAUGGACCAGCUACAUGGUGUGGCCGCCUGCCAAACAGAUGAUGUCUACUGCAAAAACUGGCUAAUUGAACUACACAACAGCCAGAUGAUGGUGAAGGGAUGCGAGACGUCGGGGUAUGUGAUCGUGAGUGCUGCCAAGGCCCAGAUCGUAUCCUGUACUCACCACCCAGUGUGGCAGGACAAUCAGCUCCGCAGCAAGACCUCCUGGGUCACUUCUGUGGAAUGUAUGCAGUACUAUGCCACGGUUGACCCAGACAAUGACCUAGAUGAUGACACUAUGGCCUGGCUACAACCGGAGAAUGUGGAAGACCGCUCCGAGCCUGAACUGUCAGGGAUGUCAGAGAUGGUUGGGAGUGGCAGCAGUGUUGGAGGUGUGGUCUACAGCAAAGUGGGUGGGACCAAACAGAAGAAGUCUCAUCAAAAGCCAGCAGUACAGCUACAGAGAAUCAUCUCCAGGUGUAAAUGUCAGGUGUUCUUUGCCAGCUAUGGCGAGGUGGAUGAUGAAACACUUCCGGAAAUACCACCGCCACCAUCCGAGGAUUCCUCCGACAUGAUGUCUAGGGAAGAAGGAGUUGACUGCUUUACACUGCUUCACCACGAUCUCAACAUCUGUACCAACUCUCUGCAGUAUGCCAUGAUACUUGAUAUUGUGAACAAUCUACUUCUACAUGUGGAGAAAACUAAAAAGGAAACAACAGAGAAACUUCAGAGUAUGAGGUUCCAGUUACAGCUGUCACGGGAGGAGGACCAGAAGACACCCAUACAACAAAUACAGGAGUUUGUCAGAGAGAAUGUAUUGACACUGCGAAGGCUGGAGAGGGAAUUGUACCUGAUAGAUAAGGAGCUGGAGGAUAACGAAGAGCCCAGUCUGUUGGAGCAAUCAGAUAAACUGGAGAUGAUGCUGUAUGACUGUAAGGAACGAAUCAACUCCUCCAAUGAAGAGCUGUCACUCAGGAUUAGCUGUUUGAAGGAGAGUCAGCUGCAAGUCAAGUCACAGAUGAAAACCACUAAAACCCACCAGGCCAGGGUAGACAAGAGACAUGAGGUGUGCUUCAAGUUUGCGCGCUGGAGACUGACCGAAGCCGAUGGUCAGCUAGGGGUCACAGACCUGGCACUCCGAAAUUUUGUGUACACCAAGGUGAACAGAGACAACGACACGUGGACCCAUCAGCUGGAGCUAGGCUGGAUAAAGAUGACCAAUCUCCUCCCCAACGCUAUAUACAAGGAUGUGAUAGUGCCCCUACACCCUACCGGGAAGGAGGAAAGUGACAACCGUCAGAUGGCCAUCAGAAUCUUGUGUAGUGAGAGACCACCAGUGGGAGGAAUAGCGGUGAAGGAACACUUUGAGGUCAACGUUGUACCCAUGCAGAUCCAACUCACCCACCAUUUCUUCAAAACUAUGAUGACGUUUUUCUUCCCGGACAAGAACAUUGAUGAGGAUACCCAUGAUGAUGUAUCUGAUGGUGGGGCCUCGUCUAAGAAGAAGCUUGACCGUAAACCCUCCGCCAAAAAGGAGAAGGACUCACUGAAAAAGUCUGCUUCAUUUAGCUCUGGAAACGAUAUUGACAAAAUGAAGGAGCGAGCAGCUAAGAACAACACAUUCCUGUACAUCAAGAUACCGGAGGUGUCUUUACGAGUGAGCUACAAGGGUAUGAAGGAAAAAAACCUGAAAGACAUCCAUGAUUUCAAUCUGGUACUGCCCACCCUAGAAUAUCACAACCAAAUAUGGACCUGGUAUGACCUUCUAAUGCAGAUGCAAGGUGACAGUAAAAGAGUGGUGCUUUCUCAGGCAAUCAAACAAAAACUUCACAUGAGAGCUCGUGCAGGGGAGGAAACUCCCCUAACAGAUGUACAACAGGAGGAGGAUAAAAUGAAGAUGCUACUUGGUGCUAAACUUCUUUCUGGAAAGGAUAAACCCACAAAGAAAACUAUAUUUGGAAAAACAACAAAAGAGUGAUGAGCUUCAAUGAAAAAGAAGCUUAGAAGAGAAAUCAAGUUAGUUGAUACCAAAACAUAGUCAAUGAGUUAGCAGUGUACAGAACCUGUAGGUAGCGGUAGUUGAUGAGUUAGCAGUGUACAGAACCUGUAGGUAGCUGUAGUUGAUGGAGUAUAUUUAUUUCCGUGUUGGUGCUAAAAUGUCAGACUUUACCUGUGAUCAAUGUUGAAGACUUUUUUCUUAUCAGUGAUAUAUUUUGCUUUAGUUUUACAGACAAAUACAGACUGCUUCAUCUUGGGGAAAAAAUGCAUUUUUCACAAAUGAAGAAAAAGCACAGAACAUCUCGGUUUUCAUUAUUUAAUGCUAUAUUCUUUGAUUCAUUCAGAAACAGGCUGUUGUAAAAUUAAGUGUGUGUUGGUUAUGAAUCAGGAAAUCAAUUGUUUUAAAUCCAAAAGGAAUUACUAGAUAUAUAUUGUAGCUGUUUUUUCAGUGCAUAAAUGUUACAUUCAUGAAGUCCGUCAAUCACACACUCUAUUCACAAUGAGGGUAUGAACCAUUUUCAUAUUAUUUUGUUUUGAAAAAUGUGUUCUUUUGAAAAUCAUACAGUCCAGAUAAUGCAUCUGUCACAAAAUACUCUUUUAACGGUUUGUAAUAAUAACAAGUUGUUACAUUUCAUAUAGAUUAUAAGUGAUUACUUUGUAAUAUAUAUUGAUAACAAGUUACAUGAUUGUAUCACUAUGUAGUUUGUGUACUGAUUAUAAGUUAUUACUUUGUAUGUUGAUAAACAAUUAUUCGUUUGUACAUGACAAUUUUGUUAAGAACUUGGAUUUUUUAUACUCAAGGUUAUAUGCUACAUUUUUGUGAUAUGUAUCUUCUUUCCAAAUGUGUAUCCCACAAAAACACUUGUAAAAUUUGUUGUAAAAUGGUAAAUUGGGACUUCAAAAAUAGUUACUAGAUCAAUAGCAUAUUUGAGAGGUACAGAAUAAUUGAUUAUGCAUUUGAGUCGUACACAAGAAUGUAUAACACAUUAUAGAAUUUCACAAGAAUAGAUGACACAUUGAAAGGAACACAAAAAAUCUUGACACAUUUCAGAACUACACAAGAAUUCAUGACACAUUUAAAAAGUAAUUUAUGAUACAUUUUAGAAUUACACAAGAAUUGAUGACACAUUGAGAGGUACACAAGAAUUUAUGUCACAUUUGAAAAUUACACAAGAAUUGAUGACACAUUAGAAAGGUACACAAGAAUUCAUUACACAUUUGAGAAGUACACAAGAAAUGAUGACACAUUUGAAAAGUGCAUUUUGUAACUCCCAGGCAAUUUUGAAUUAGGGAGGUUACUUAUCCAAAUCAUAGAUACAAUAUAUCAUAUGUCAGGUAGCAUAUAGCCAUAACAAGUCCCAUGAGAUAUGUCCUCCAACUGUGAUACUGGUUUGUGUAUUAUAUAAGUAUGUGUCUUUAUAUUUAAAUUAACACUCUAAGUGUCUAUUGCAACAUAUUUUCACAUUAUGUUUUAAAUUUGUCUUUCUGUCCAAACUAAAACAUUUCAUGAAUUUUAAUUUUGUGAACCCAUGAAUUAAAGAAUGUGUUUAUGAUGUUAACGUCUAUGUGAGGCUCUGACAUGUGUUUUUAUAAGGGAGGAACCGAUCAUGUGAAUCCAGGCAUGAUUUAGUACUAAGUUAUUUUCUGUUUAGUAGUUAUCAUAUUUUAUCAUUUCUAAAUUAUGAUGAUCGAAAGCACAAAAAUAUGAAUACCACUUAAAUACUUACAUUAACUUGGUUAAUUUCCAUCUCUAAUAAUGCCUAGUACAGCUGUAAUUCACAUCUCACAAUCUUGUUUACAAUCUUGACAUAAAAUCAGUUAAUAAUCAUAUUUGACAGUUGUAGUAUACAUGUUAAGUUCAAAUAUGAUGUAGGUACCUGAAAAGAUACCUUAUGGUAUUGACAAAAUAAAUGAUGUUGAAUGUAUUAUGUGGGCAAUUGUGCUUUAUUAAUAAUUGCAAGUAGCAUAUUUAUAAUUUUUAUUACUCUUCGCAAAGUGUCAAGUCAUUACUCAUCAUAUAGCGAUUUCUCAUAGGAAAAUAUUGACCUUGAACUUCAGCAAGUUAAAAUAAUUUGCCGCCAUUGAUUAGGAAGAAAUUCUUAAGUAUUGAUUUUAAAUGCAAAUUGAAAGCAGUUUGGUGUAAUUUAUAAUUGUUUGAUUGUGGUAAUUGUUCUGUAGAGUGGGUACAUUUUAAAGAACUAGUAUAUUUAUUACAUGUGCAUAUAUUUGAGAAGGUAGGCGAUUCAUCAGAUACAGGUAUAUUUAUUGUAAACAUUUCUGAAUGUAUAUUUUAUUGUGAGAGUAUAUUUGAUGUAAAUGUUGUGUGUAUUUAUUUGUUUUGGGAUAAUGCAAUGUUAAUGAGUUGUUCAGGGCUAAUUAAUAUUUGUUACUAAAUACAAAACCUAGUCGCUUACAAAGAAUAAAACAAUUGACAGGU